ACACUGGACCCACUUAAUUAGCUUCCGGGUCCCACCCAAACUCACUUUGCAAACAAUUUGACCCCUAUUCUAGCUUUCUGGAGGUGCUUUUUGAUCAUAUAAUUACAUUGAUCUUUGAUCUUUCUUCUCCAAUAAAAUCCACCUGAUCAGUUCUUCUCCUCCAUCAUCUUUUGUUCAAGUUAAUUAGCGUUACUGCUAAUUAAUUAAAACAAAAGUGGAUUAGUACUUAAUUAACAUGAUGGAUUUUGAGUGCUCCAAACCAGAUACCAAGGCCUGGGAUAUUCGUGAAGCAGCUGCUAACUAUAAUUACAAAGGACUUAUUGGCUCAUCAGAUUUGAGUUCAACUUCUUCAUCUUCAGCACUUGAGGAUUCUGAACUUGUUUCAUCUGAUCAGUGGACAGAGACUACUACUGAUGGGGACGACGAUUACGUUGCAGAAUUAACUCGCCAGAUGACUAACUACAUGCUUCAAGAUGAUCACGACAAAACCAAUACUACUAGCUCUCAGAAAAACCAAGAGUUAUUGGGUUAUGUUGGUUGGCCACAGUACUCAGUGUGGCCACCGUUGGGGUCUAGCCAUGGCAGCUCUGAAGGGUCAUCUCUUGAACCAACGCCACCAGAAACACCAGGCAAAGACAAAGCCUGGAACAGGUGUACCUACGCCGACGUUUUAAGAAAGUUGGAGAAGUUAGAUACAACUACAACCAACGAAGGGUCACAUCAUCCUCAGGGAAUAAACGCAAGUACAAAAGUAGACCCAGGUGUUGGAUUUUGCUCAAAGCAAGAUCUAGCUUCCAGUCAGAGCCAAGAUUUUCAGAAACUUGAGGCCUGUAAUUAUAAGCUAAAGCAAGAGCACAUUUCAAGGAAACAAGGAUCGUCAGGGAAUAGAGGAAGACAAGCCAAUAUUUGCCAUGAGCAAUAUGAGCCUAAUAAUUAUCAGCAGUUGAAGAAAGGAGGAUCUUGUAUUGGGUCUAUUAAUGGAGGAAGGUCAAGGUCUCCAACACAAUUUGGAUUGCCUGGUUCAAACCCAUGGGUGAACCAGCAAGCACGACCGGGCGUAAAGGCUGUUUUCCUUGGCGGGUCGAGUACGAAAAUUGGGUCAUCUUCUGGGACAGGAGUAUUUUUGCCUUGUGUUAUUGGUAACACUUCACAGCCACCCAAGAAAAGAGGAUGUUCCCCGGUUCUUAUACCCGCAAAGGUAGUGCACGCCUUGAAAGUUCACUUUGACAGAGUUGGCGACCUACCUCGACCUAAUGCUUCUGGUUUCUCUACACAAAAUGAUGAUUUGAAGGGUGGUAGGGCAGACAUGCAUUCAACUAAUAAACAUCAGUCGCGGCCGGUGCCGUGCACGAACCAAAAGGAGAUGGGUCUGCCUCAAGAAUGGACGUAUUGACGUGCGGCUUGGCUAUAUGCAAUGCCUAAAUAUUAAUCACCACCAGUAGUAUUGUCAAUCUAUCGCUCUCAAACAUGGUGGUGUGUUUUGGCAUUUUGUUCUUAGAAAAGAAGAAAAAGUCCAAGAAAAGAAUAAAGAGGAAAAUGAUACAGACAGAAGAAGUCGGUCAGUUGGAUAUAAUUGAGAUACAGAUUCAAGAGUAUAGUAAAGAGGAAUCUUAAGAUAUGUAUAUUAGGACAAAACAAAUACAGAUUCAAGAAUAUCAUCCCCUUGUUUAUAUUUGAAUAAACAAUAAGUUUGAAUUGUUUGAUAUAAUGGAGGUACAGCAGGAUGCCAUUGAUUGGUUGAUGCAACUACUUGUGCGAACCCCUACUUGUGAUGUAAAAGGAUGCAUUUUAAUAAAUCCCAGUGCCAAUUCUGCUUUC